AUGGAGUCGCCUCAAGAUCCGUCAGAGUAUGCCAACCAUAAUGAUGACACGGAAUAUGCAUCGUUUUUGUGUUUUCCGGAGGUGGUGCAGCGCGUGGGCUCCGGACACAUUUGCAGGAAACCAACUACGUUGCUGACGAAUCUAUCAGAUCUUAGCCAGUUGCAAGAACUUCGUGGUGGAGGUCAGGAAAAGGGAAUGGUCCAAGGCAUGAUCGGGCGAAGGAAUCACGAAGAAGCGCAGGCGAUUCACGGCAAACGGUCUUUGGCAAAGAUGGACCUAACCGCCUGCAGAAAGCAUGCGGCUAUGCAACACACUCCAUAUCGCCGUGAUUGCAGAGUGUGCAUUGAGUCCAUGGGAGUUCAGGCACACAAACGUUUGAAGCUGGCUACAUGGGCACUUUGCAUGAGUCGUCAUUGCUACGGUUCCUAUCCCCUGGCCAAGCAGGUGCAGCCGAUGGAAGCAGACUCAAGUGCUCCCGAUGAAGCAGCAGUGAUUCAAACCCUGCCUGAAGAGGAUGAAGAGGUCCGCUGCGAUGAGCGGCAACUUUUGAGGUUGGCACUUCGCCGGUACCGCGAGGACCUGCAGGCACAGAUCCAUUCGGCGGAAGAAAUGAUCCAGAUCCCUUUCGCUCGGCCCAGCGUGGCGCGGGCCCUCAGCAGCUGUGCACGGGCCGCGGAACGGGCCGUGCAACAACCUGGGCAUGCAAUUCACUCGCGCAUCCCGCUUGGCCCCAACGAGGUGCGACGGCGAAAGCAUUGUCCUCGCCGUCAGGGCAGGACAGGGCAGGCCAUUUGCUAUCAUAUGUUCCGAUGCCACGAUGUCGGCCGCCCCGAAACCCGAGACGAAGACUGGGGCAGUGCAGAUUUCUGCGUGGCAGGUGCAUCAUCGAGUUCCAGUGUGCAGCAUCAGCUGCAAGCGCGGCGCGCGCUGGAACUCGCGCUGCAGGGGACGGGGCUCGUCGUCAGGGUGGACAUCCGGUCCCAGAUCUUGUUCCUUUGCCAGUCGAACCGGGUGAGCAUGGUCAGUUGGUUGGUGCCGGGCUUGGAGACUUGGAGACGCGCUGGAGACUGCCUCUUCCGAUGCCAUGAGCCACUGGCCAUCAGCCGGGACAUGGAUGGAAACCGGUUCACAGACUUUCGUGCUGCCGAUUCGCAGCCAGUGGAGUUCAAAGAUUGGGACGUCGCACCCGGCCAACAACCACUUGGCAUGUCAUCUUGGAACGCCAUUGGAUCCCAGAAUCAGGAGCCGAGCGCGCGCUCGUCGUUGACACAUCGGGAAGACAGGACCGAGUCCAAGGAGUCCAGAGAGCCGGUGAAGGAGACACGACGCCCGAGCGACGGCCUCGGGCGCCAGAAGCGGCGCUCCCACUCCCUGGCGAGGCGCCCAGCUGUGACGGGGUCUUCUUCGUCCCGUGGUUCAGCGUUCGGGUCCGUUCGGUGGGUUGGGCGAGGAUGGGAUCCGAUCUAUCGAUCUGAAGAAUCCGAAGAGGUGACAGGGUACAAGAUUUCGGAAAAGGCGACCUUCAACAUCCAGAAUUAUGGCGUGAGCAAAGCCUCAAAGCCUGCAGUUUUGGAUGCGCUGGCUGCUACCAUCCAUCGUCCCUUGCUUGCCUUGCUUGUUUCUGCUCCAGGCUACGAUGUGGUGACCAUUCAGGAGAUUUCUCAGCUGCCGGAUGACACGGGCGUUUGCGGAGACCACACAGAGUCCGCGAUUUGUGACUUGCAGGCGGCGGUCAAUGCCCAGGGCCGCAGCUUUAGCCUGGCGAUCUCUCCCAGGAUCGGAGAUGAACAGUAUGCAGUGAUGUAUGACUCGAGCAAGGCGCUUUUCCUCGAGGGUGCCACGUAUCCGGACAACAGCAGUGUCUACUCCAGACCGCCAUACGCCUUCCAUUUGCAAGUAGGCGGUUCCUCCAUGGUCAUCGCCUCGACGCACACGUCGCCCUCCAGCGCCUCCAGCGAGAUUGCUCAAUAUCCCUCGGUGAUUUCUUGGAUGGAGGCAACCUUCACGGCCGACUACUACAUGGUGGCGGGCGACUACAACGCCGACGGGAGCUACUUUGAUGAGGACAGCGACUGGACGGCGAUUAUGAACAGCAUCCCCAGCUACUCCUUGCUGACGGGGAACGAGAUGGACACGACCUUGGCCUUGAGCAGCAACACCUAUGACCGCAUCAUCGUGAGCUCUGCCAUGGAGGCCUCGGGCUGUGCUGUCUACAAGUUGGAAGAUCAUUUGAACCUCUCAGGAGUCCUAGCAGAAGGCUGCGCCCAGGACUACAUCUCCAGCGACAUUUGCAGCAGCAGCACUGUGGAGUGGCAUGAGGUGGCCAAAGAGCUCUCUGACCAUUACCCUGUGGAGCUGUGCAUGCACUUGAACGGCAGCUGCACCGACUGCGUGGCCUUCACCACCGUCGCACCCCAGCAGCUGGGUGCCGACAGCUGUGCGCGGGUGGGCUUCCAUGCAGAUAAUCCCGACGACUUCGGCCUCCUCUUCUUGGAAGCCUUAGCUCCCCAGAGCAGCGUCUACGUCACGGAUGGCGGGUGCUCGGCCAGCGGCGUGCUGCGAGAGGGGGAGGGCCUCUUGCAAUUCCAGGCCUCGGAGGAGCUGCCGGCAGGAAGUGUGCUGAGCCUGGAGAACUUCAGCAGCGUCUCAGGCACGUUCUCCUUGUCCAUCAGCGGAGAUCAGAUCCUCGUCUUCUCUGGCUCCAAGGACAACCCAACCUAUAUGUGCGCGAUCAACUUUGAUGGCUCAGGCUGGGCGAGCGGCGCCGAGUCCGCCAGCACCAGCGCCUUGCCGCCGGGACUCACCGGCUUCGCCCUGCCCGAGACGGACAACGCGGCGUAUGUGGGCAGCACCACUGGGACAGUGCAGGAGCUCCUGCAAUGGAUUCAUUUGGAGGAGAAUUGGAGGUCAGACAAUAGCGAGGCGGUGCCGAUACCCCGCUCCUUUACCGUGGUGACGACCACCACAAGCACAGCCUCUGGGACGACCACGAAUACAGCCACCACAACGGGCAGUCACACUCACACUGUUUCCACACAGACGAGCACCAGCAGCACAACGACCACCGCAACGACUGCAACCACCACAACCACUACCUCCGGCACUGGCACUGGUGACAUCGAGCCCAGUGGCACAGCGACGAGCCAAGUGACCGCGAGCACAAUGGCAAGCACAACAAGCACUUCUUGGACAACCAUUUCAGCCAGCAAAAGAUCGAGCACAAUGCCAAGCACGACCACGGAGUUCGAUAGCACUACUACCAGCAGUAGAACGUCAAGCAACACUACAACGUCUUGCACUGCAACCACCAGCCUCACCGCGAUUAGUCUCAAAUUUCCCAGAAUCUCAAGCAGCACCACAGUCACCCAGACGACGACGUCCACAGGCAAUCGUCUCUACCAGAGCGUGGGCUACGUGGCAGUCAGUGCCUCCACUGACGCGUGCAGAGUCAGGUGGUACCUUCCUUGCGCCAUCGCCGUGCUGGUUGCGUAG